AUGAGUAGUACUUCUGUACUUCAUUUAAAAUCACAAACAUUAUCAAUACCAUCAACGACAAAUGGAAGAAUUAGUAAUUAUGGUGGUGGUAAUAGAUUAAGUAGUGUUGGUUCACAACGUAAAGAUUGGCGUAGCGGACAUAAAUUAGUUGAUAACUUGAUUCAAGGAAUUAGAUUGGACUUUCCUUUUCCAUCACACCAUUUGUCAUGGAUACCUUUUGACGAAUUUGUUGGUUUGAAAUUUGUUUCGCGUGGUGGAUUCUCAGCAAUUUACGAAUCAAUGUGGACAAAUACUGGUCAAACUGUUGCUUUGAAAUGUUUAGAUGGAUCUCAAGAUUUCAGUACUGACUUCUUAGACGAGAUAAAAUCACAUUGGUGUUUAUUUUCACAACCUCAAUUUUUACGUUGCCAUGGUAUAACACAAUUACCAAACAGUCGUGAAUUUAUGAUGGUUAUGCAAUAUGCAUUAUUUGGUGAUCUACAAUUGGCAAGAGAUAUUUGUAAUAGUAAAAGGCCUCCAAUUCCGAUUGGUACACCAGAAUUCUACUCGAAGCUUAUGAACAGUUGUUGGGACACCAAUCCUAAUAAACGUCCUGAUGCACAUGAUGUCCUAAAAACUGUUUACCAUUGGCUGGUAAAUGAUUCACUCGAUGACCAUUUGAGAAAAGCAGGCGGAUCAACAAUAUCAUCAUUUAGUAAUACGGGAAACGAUCGUACAAAUCCAGAAGCUAUAUAUUAUAGCCGUUUAUUGGAAUUUCCCGAGUUGAAAAACACAAAACUACAACAACAUCAAUCUUUAAGGCAAUCAUUUCUUGGAAUUCUCGAUCAGCACACUGAUUUGAAUCGUCCACUAUCAUCUGUUUAUUCGUUUACAUCUACUCGGAUUGAUAACAAUAACAAUAAAGAUGAUAUUUAUUCAAAAUUAGAAUCAUCAAAUAAUAAAAGAACAAGUGUUGUUUUACCAGAUGAUGAUUUAACAACCUUACAAACCUUUUGGGCUAUGGAUAGCCAAAAUUCUAAAAAUAAAAAGGAACCUAUUUCAAGUGCCUCAUAA